AUGAUGUCCCUUCGAGUUUUAUCUAUCUUAUUAAUUGGAUUAUCACUAACCUCAGCCUAUGUGGUUGUCGACAAAGCCAUCAAGAAUGAAACAGAUGUCGAUGUUAACACUAUCCUUCAAGCUUUCGGAGCUCCAGCUUGUAUGAGAAAGUGUGUUGACCCAUUCAUUUACAGUUUGGAUGUUUUAUGGGAAAUGAAGAAUGUCAUGCAACGAUCUCAAAGAGUCUGCAACGCCUAUUAUGAGGCAAGAGAUUGUUUGAAGAAUCACCAAUACUGUGAUAUUUAUGAUAUUUUCAAUCAUGCUACUCUCAGUUUUGGUCAUCGUUGCGAAAAGCAAACUGUUCUUAUUUCCAAGAUGGAGGACUGUUUGACUGAAAAUGUUGAUCAAGUUUUACAAAAGUGUGAUGAAAGCUGCCGUUGUAGAGCUAACAUUACCGCUUUCUCUCAACGUCCAGAAAUCAAAUUGGCCGCUCAGUUGGGUGGAAAUAUUUUCAUGGCUUCUGAUCACAUCGGAGAUAUGUGCAGCUCUCUCGGUUGUGCCAUUCCCUGCGUGACUGAAAACCUGAACGAAGUUUGUGCGUACAGUGGAUAUUUGGCUUUGGAUGCUAUUCUUCAACCAUUCGAAGCUGUUAGCCAAGCUUUAGCCAAGAUGCCUGAGGGUAUUCGCGAUAUCGUGAAAACAAAAUUGGACAAGAAAUGUCAUUUCACUAUUAGCCCAGUAUCUCUCAGAAAAAUUCGAAAGGGUGACUUUAACGUUUUAAACUAG